UCCGCCGGCAGUCCGAUGAUGCUGGUCGUCGUCGUCGCAGUCUCGCCUCUCGUCCUCCUCUCCGCGUUGUUGUUCUCGGUGACGCGACGGAGGUGUAGCCUGACGCGGUCUCUUACGUGUCGGCCUGGAUAAAAGUGGAGCUCCGGAGACCCGGGAGUGACGGAGCGAGUCAGUAUCGUUAACCGUCCCGUGGGUGUCUCUCCGCCCAGAACUCUGAGUGACAAUGGAAGCUGGCGCAGACUCACAGCAAAGUGAAACCACCGUGACGGAGGCUGAAGCCCAGCAGAUUGCUACCCUGGCACAGGCGUCCAUCGCGGCCGGCCAGGUCACCGCCACGGGGCCCACUGUCACACUGGUGCAGCUCCCCAACGGCCAGACGGUCCAGGUCCACGGGGUCAUCCAGGCCGCCCAGCCCUCCGUCAUCCAGUCGCCCCAGAUCCAGACCGUCCAGAUCUCGACGAUAGGGGAGAGCGAAGACUCCCAGGAGUCCGUGGACAGCGUGACAGAUUCACAGAAGAGACGAGAGAUUCUGUCUAGACGGCCGUCCUACAGGAAGAUCCUGAACGACCUGUCGUCCGACGCGCCGGCGGUCCCCAGGAUAGAGGAGGAGAAGUCUGAAGACGACACGGCGCCCGCCAUCACCACGGUCACCAUGCCGACGCCCAUCUACCAGACGAGCAGCGGGCAGUACAUAGUCGCCAUCACCCAGGGAGGGGCCAUCCAGCUGGCCAACAACGGGACGGACGGGCUGCAGACGCUCACCAUGAACACGGCCACGCAGCCCGGCACCACCAUCCUGCAGUACGCCCAGACCAGCGACGGCCAGCAGAUCCUGGUGCCUAGCAACCAGGUGGUGGUCCAAGCGGCGUCCGGAGACGUGCAGGCCUACCAGAUCCGCACGGCGUCCGCCAGCACCAUCCAGCCGGGCGUGGUCAUGGCCUCGUCCCCGUCCCUGCCGGCCUCGGGCGGCACGGAGGAGGUGACCCGCAAGAGGGAGGUGCGCCUCAUGAAGAACAGGGAGGCUGCCCGGGAGUGCCGCCGGAAGAAGAAGGAGUACGUCAAGUGUCUGGAGAACCGCGUGGCCGUGCUGGAGAACCAGAACAAGACGCUCAUCGAGGAGCUCAAGGCCCUCAAAGACUUGUACUGCCACAAAACAGAGUAGGACCCCCCCCCCCCCCCCCCUGCGCGGGUCCCCUGCACAGAGACUUGAAGCGAAGCCUUGCAUCCGGACCCCCACCUCCGACAACCCCAACCCCCCCUCCAAAGCCUCUGUCUGUAAAGGCCCCGCCCACCUCAAAACCCGUACCGGACCUCCGGAGCUGGUCCUUGUUUUAUUGAAUGCUCCCCCUGCUGGACCAGCCCAGCGACUACAACAGGGUUUUGCUCGUGGUGGUGGGUGAGGCUCCUCCCCCUGCCUCCAGCGCCGUCGCCCCCGGUUACCACGACGACGGCAUCGUGUGGCGCCACCAGCAGCAGGAUACGCGCGCCUGUUCAGCAAGCGAUCGACUUCUGACCUUUUUUUUUAAAAAAAAAAGAAAAAGAAAAAAUACUUUGCCCCCCCCCCUCCCAAAACCCCCCUCCUCUCUCACCCCUGCUCCUACUCCGGGGAGGUUUCAGUGCAUUAUUGUCAUCGCCAUGGUAACCACCCCGCUUCCGAUCUGACGCUUCCGAUCGGUCGGUUUCCGAUCGGACGCUUUCGGUCGGUUUCCGAUCAGACGCUUCCGAUCGGUCGCUUCUGAUCAGUUGCCUUCCGAUCUGAAGCGACCGAUCUGUCGCCUCCGAUCAUUUGCUUCCGAUCCACACUAUAGUCUAUCAUGUUAGAGGAGGUCUGCUUCAGCUAAAGACAUUCUAAUUGUUUUUUGUUUUCUUUGUUUCUCUCCGGGAGCAGCGAGGGAACUCUAGCAUAUUCGGUUGAAUCAUGCGGUUUAUGAUUUCUUUAUAAAAUUGUAAGUGAAAUAUCGUUUUCUGUGUUUUGCGGCCGGAGUGGUCGCAGCUCGGAGCGAGAGGCGGAUCCUGGAUGAGUUGCGGAGCCUUUGCAUGUUUUAUUAGUGGCAUCGUUUGGGCUAUUUUAUAUAUCGUCGGAAGCACAGAACAUUGCAACCCGAAAACGACACCCUGCCCGAGACCCCAGAGGGGGGUCUGACCCCCCCCAAACCUGGGGGCGGGGGGGGGGACUGGUGGGCUGGGUCUUUUGAAGACUGAAUAUUUUACACUUUAGAGAACAUGAGAUGUACUAAAACCUUUGGUGUAAUGGUUUGAAAAAGGAAUAUUUCUCUCGGUGUCUUUCCUACUCCUUGCUUCAAGCUCCAUCGAGUCUGGUGUUUCUAAGACUUUAUUCGACACACACACACACUCGCACACACACACAAUCAGGACUUUGGACACGCUGAUCAACAUGGGAUCGAAUCCCGUACCGAUGUCUGAACAGAGGUCGGCGCCUGCUGCACACGCCUCGGUCUGUGCCACGGUUCUCCACCAGGGUUCUCUACGGUCUAGCGGCCGUCGGCUCGUCGUGACGGGAGGACCGACUGGAGGUCCGGUCGGUAAACGACACUUCUUAAAAACGACACGAGCCCUAAAGUUGACCUUUUUAUUUUCGAAUCACCCGUUUAAAACCAAACUGGAAACCCAAACCGUUGCCCUGGUUUCUGAAUCGGAGCGGGAGGAGGUGUGACGCAGGACAAAAUGGACGCCAACUAUUCUGUAAAGUAAAAAGAAAAAAAAGGCGAGAAAACCACGAGACACGGAACACAGAACAAACGGCUUUGGGAGCGACGUCGCCACGGUGAAUUCUUUCGAUAUUACAUAUAGUCAUCCGACAUAGCAAGCUUUUUUUUAUUAUUUUGCCAAAUGCCAUUUUCAUUGAUUUUGUAUACGAUGUAUUUCUAUAUGUCAGCACCAAACCCUAAAUGAAAAGUAGUCACUAGAGGACUUCCUCUAAAUAUUACAUUUCUGGCAGCUGUUAAUAAAUGUGUUUCUGGUA